GAGGGGUUUUGGAGGCGCAAUGGCAGGAGAGAAGUUGUCGAUGAGUGCGUUCAUGCAGUUGCGUCGGUCGCGCCAGGUGCUGGAGGAGGCACGAGAGAGGCAGGAGAAGGGAGAAGACGAAGAAGCUCUGCCAAUGCUGGAGCAGGCUGUCGGGGCCAGUGAACACUCGGUUGAGGCGCGAGUGGCUUUGAGCCAAGCGAUAUGGAAUGAGGCGGACGGGGAAAGCAGCCUCGCACGUGUCGAAGAGCUGCUCAAGCAAGCCAUUUCUGUGGCCAAGAAAAAUACUUCAUCGACGGAGUCUGCGUUCCUCCCCUUGGCAACCAACAAGCUACUGCUGCUGCUUUGCCUGCAGGGGCGAGACAAGGAAGCUCAGGAGCUGCUCCAAGGCGAAGGUUAUGAGUACCGCCUUUCACCAGAGGUUUUCCGCGGAAAGCUGAUUUGUCAAGGAGGAGACCAAGAGCAAGAUUGCAACGCACAACUACUAAGAGAUUCUCUGCUCUGUGUCCUCGAUGAAGCUCUUCCAGCAGACAUGCUUCGUCACUUGCAGGAGUGCUUCAGUCCAGCGAGUGCCUUCUGGAGAGAGCACAGCUAUCUCUCUCCUCAAACAGGAUACUUCUCUUACUUGCACGAUAUUGAUCGACCGGCUUGUAACAACAUGGAACAGAUCAUUCAUGUGCUGUGGAAGCACGCCAUCUCGAGGUUCCCUCAUGCUGCGAGGGCAAGGAAAGCCGAAUGGGUGGGCCCACUGCCGCCCCCACCCGUCGGGUCAUCAGCUUCACUUCGACUCAG